CAUAAAGGAAAGCACUCAUGUGAACACCGCGCUUGAUACCGGUCACCAUCUUUCCUUCCAUUAUCAAAUAUUAUAAGAAAAAUAAACUUUUUAACUAAAAUUAUUUCUUUGUGCCAGUUAUGUGCAGUGUGAUUUAAAAUGGAAUAUAUUUUAGCGAUGAUAGUGCUACUAAGUGCUGGGGCGUCUGAAGGCAGGAUCAUUUCGUCCCCGAGACGAGGAAGACUCAGUCUGGCUGAACGGCAACAACCCAGCUAUUACUACUCCAAUAUUAAUGGGAACCCAGGAGCAUACUCCUUCGGUUUCGACACUGCGGAUCAGUUUCGCACGGAGGACCGCUACGCGAACGGCACAGUCGUCGGGUCUUACGGGUACGUCGGCAGCGACGGGAAGCCGCGGCGAUUCAGUUAUAUUGCUGAUGAACGAGGAUACAGGGUCACACAAAUGAAGUCGUCGACACCUGCACCAUUCUCUCCAUCUCAGAUGAGAGACCCUGAUGCCCAGGAAGUCACGUGGUCUAGGAAGAAGAAUAGAAAUAAAAACAAGAACUCAUCCAGAGGCAAAGGAACUGCUAAAAAUCCAACGAUUUAUAGAGUAGACAACAUGGUUGAACGACCGCAUUAUUAUUCCAAGAUCUACUGAACUAAUAAAUUAUAUUUAUUUGGAUUUAAACUUAACGGGACAAGUAUUUUAUAUAAGUUAUUUAUUAUGGAUUAAUACAGUGUUUGUGACCAAUCUAUUGGAUGCUUCAAUAUACCUACUUAUCCUUUUUA